CCACCUGAUCUGCACUAUGCGUCACCUCUCAGCCCACUGUUGCACACAAAAGCAGACAACAAUGUGGACGCCACUCGUCGCGCUAUGGAGUGUCUCGAUUCUCCUAGAGCAGCCCGAUGCUGCCUCGUCUAAAACAAUCGUUUGUGGAUCAGGUCCUCAUGUUCUCUCUAACCAGACAACAAGUAUUGAUGUUUAUCAGAAAGAGGGAAACACUAUCAGACUGAAUAAAUCAAAGCCCAGCGUGGCUGGGUGGAUAUUGAGGUUUACAAACAAGUUGCAGCAGAAACCUGUUUUCAGAAGUCUCAAAAUCUCAAAACUCGAAAUUGGUACAUAUAUAGUAAAAGAAAUGAAACCCUUGUUUCAAGGUAUAACAGUUGGGUAUUAUCCACAAACUCAUCUUCCUUUGAUAAAAGCAGUUCUCAACCUAUGGGAGAGACCAAGUUUACAAUGGUCAAAUUCUCAACAACAGACUAACAUUACCAUCUACGAAAACCGAAUGCUAACGAGAAUGUGUUUCAAUGUAACUGCUGGACAGCCUCGACCGACAGUAGAAAUUGUCAAACUGCCAGACAACAGAACGGCUGAAACUAUCGUUCUCACUCAAACGAGCAAUCAUUCUAUCUGUCUGACUUCACAACAUCUAAAUCAAAACGACACUGGAACUUACAAUGUGAUAGCCCGGAACUGUCUACAUCCGGCAUCCGCUCCACUGUCAUUCACCAUUGAAGUACUUCCUGCAGAAGUGCCUUCGCUAACAAUUCUCGAUAUCCAAUCAGAACAAAUUGUAAUUGCCAACACGUAUGUUAGAGGCAUAACUGUUUCAUUUGGUGAUAACAUUAUAAUGAAGUUUAUUAUCUCUGGAAAUCCCAAACCAAGCCUUUUGUGGACACACGACAACAAACCUUUACAACAGUCUAACAGAGUUCAAUACAAUGCCACUCAUUUCUAUCUCAUGAAUGUCUCGACUUCAGACUCAGGCAACUAUUCAUUUGUAGUUAGAAAUGAGAUCGGUGAAUCAUCGUCAGAGAUACAACUAUUGGUUCAAGAGCCUACAGAGUCGAUCUUCAUACCGACCUUGAGAUCAGAAAUGACAGGGGACAUUGCCACCAUACCUUUGACAUCUUGUUGCCAUGGAUCCCUCAGUGACACUUCAGAUUCUGGAUUGGCUUGGUGGGGAGUUUUUCUGAUUGUACUUUUUAUGCUUGUGGUUAUUGGUGUCCUUACUUUCUUUGCUUAUAAACACCGUGAGACUGUUAAUGACUUUGUGACCAACUUCUGCAGCAGGGCAGGUAACAGUAAGAGUCCAACAGUUCACUGGCAUGUAACAACAGCUUAUACCAUGGGAGAAAGUGACAAUCGUACCCGUUGGGAAGAAUAUGCUGAUGACCAUGAUGACUCUGGCGACGACCCUGACCCACUAGCCAUAAGAUCAUUUGAAUCAUUUAAAGCCAUCCGUCCAAAGCACCACCCCAGUCUCCCACCUGAGUUCUAUAAACCAUAUCAACAACCAACAGCAACAGCACAAACUGAUGAAACAGACAGAGAAGGAGAAGAAGACGAAGAAGAAACAAAGUUCACAGGAAAACUACCAGACGUCGUUCAGCCAUCAGGCAAUGCAUUUUCAGAAUACGAUGCUAAUCGAGAUUGUGAAUCAUUCCAAGAAGCAGAGGGCCAGACUACUGCAGACAAGGAUAGAACUGCUCAGGCAACAGCUAAUGACUUAAAUUCAUCUGAACACAAAAUUUCAUGUGCUAUUGAACUACCAUGUUCCGAAGAGCCACAGCCUCGAGGCGAAAAUGAAGAAAAAUAUGAAGAGGAUUAUUGCUCUGAUAGAAUCAUAUACUCAUCUAUUAUCCAUCCCCAGCCAUCACCAACUCCAAGAGAUGGCGAUACACCAACACCACAACAUGGGACAGAAAACAUAUACGCUGCAGUCAAAAAGGAUUCCAAAGCAAAGAAAGAGAAAUUUCUAAACUACGUUGAACUCGACCUCACAGCACUCCAGCAGAAGUAUUGCAAAUGAUUGCCUGGCACCAAAUGUGACAAUUUUUUAGUCAAUUAACCAACUUUUUCCAUUUUUUCUUAUUAAAUAGCUUUGUUGCACUUAAAAUCCCCACAGUAUGUUUCUAGUUUUACACAAGAUGCAGCACAAUCAAAACGUCAUGACAGAAUUCUCCCACGUGAAUAUCAAGACUUUGAUGAUGUUGCUGUUCUACCU